GUUGAGUGGCAGAAAGACAGGACUCGCUUAUUUAUUAUCACUGGUGUAUCUUUUCUGUCGAAACAGAAUAAAGUUCCAGUUCUCUUUGCAAAUUAGCUGAUGAUUAAAAUUCUCAGGGGCCACAUUAUCCACCAGUUCAGAGGGCCCCCCAGUUCCUGGAGCAGAGUGGCAUCUGGCAGGCACCGUGAGCCCUGGGACAAACUUGGCAAGGAGUGGCUCCUGUUGACCCGCAAAUCCUGGCCAGUUGAAAGCUGAAGACUUGGAGUCCUUGCUGACUUGGGACUCUGCCCUCUCUUGCUUGUGGUGGGGCCGAAGUUCCCUGUGGGAGGCUGAUUCUGCAAUUUGGAUCCUGAGGAAAGAAAUAACUACAGGCUUGCAGGCUGAAAGAAGCAGAACACCUUUUCUAUGUCCUAGGCGCAAGAACAAGGUAGGACCUACAACAUGAGGCUGUGGCUGAGAGGCCUGGGCCUCCAGGUGCUGAGGAGCUUCCAGAAAUUCUGUGGAGUCCACACGCAGGUGCCACCUCUUCCAGUCCCUCAGAAGAUUCUGGACAGCUGGGAAGCCAUCAGCUUGGGGAGGCAGCCGGUGCCUGAGUACUUCAACUUUGCCCAUGACGUGCUCGACAUGUGGACUCAGCUGGAAAAGACCGGGCAACGGCCCUCAUGUCCUGCAUUCUGGUGGGUGGAUGGCAAAGGAGCAGAGGUCAAGUGGAGCUUUGAGGAGCUGGGGAAGCAGUCCAGGAAAGCGGCCAAUGUUCUGGGGGACGCUUGCAGCCUGCAGCCUGGGGACAGAAUGAUGCUGGUGCUCCCACGACUCCCGGAAUGGUGGCUGGUCAGUGUGGCCUGCAUGCGCACAGGGGUUGUCAUGAUUCCGGGUGUCUCCCAGCUGACAGAGAAGGACCUCAAGUACCGGUUGCAGGUGUCCAGGGCCAAGUCCAUUAUCACCAGUGACUCUCUCGCUCCGCACGUGGAUGCCAUCAGCUCCGAAUGCCCCACCCUACAGACCAAGCUAUUGGUGUCAGACACCAGUCGCCCAGGCUGGUUGAACUUCAGGGAACUGCUGCAAGAGGCAUCUACAAAGCACAGCUGUGUGAGGACCAAGAGUCAGGACGCACUGGCCAUCUACUUCACCAGUGGGACGACUGGAGCCCCCAAGAUGGUGGAGCACUCUCAUUGCAGCUAUGGACUGGGCUUUGUGGCCAGUGGAAGUCGGUGGAUGGGCUUGACUGGAUCAGAUAUCUUCUGGAACACAACUGACACUGGCUGGGUGAAGGCAGCCUGGAGUCUGUUCCCUACCUGGGGUAUUGGAUCUUGUCUUUUUGUGCAUGAGAUGCCCCGAGUUGACACCAAACUUAUCCUGAACACCCUCUCCAGGUUCCCGAUAACCAACCUCUGCUGCGUCCCAACCAUCUUCCGGCUGCUUGUUCAGGAGGAUCUGACCAAGUACCAGUUCCAGAGCCUGAGGCACUGUUUGACGGGGGGAGAGGCCCUCAACCCUGAUGUGCGAGAUAAGUGGAAGAGCCAGACCGGUCUGGAGCUCCAUGAAGGCUACGGGCAGUCAGAAACGGUUACAAUCUGUGCCAACGCAAGAGGCACAAAGAUCAAGUCUGGUUCCAUGGGCCGAGCAUCCCCACCUUACGAUGUGCAGAUUGUGGAUGAUGAGGGCAACGUCCUGCCUCCAGGAGAAGAGGGGAACAUUGGUGUCCGCAUCAGACCCACCCGGCCCUUCUGUUUCUUCAAUUGCUAUUUGGACAAUCCUGAGAAGACAGCUGCAUCCGAACAAGGAGACUUUUACAUCACAGGGGACCGAGGCCGCAUGGACGCAGAUGGUUACUUUUGGUUCUUGGGAAGAAAUGAUGAUGUGAUCAACUCCUCAAGCUACCGCAUUGGACCUGUUGAAGUGGAGAGUGCCCUUGCCGAACACCCUGCUGUCCUUGAGUGUGCUGUGGUCAGCAGCCCAGACCCCAUCCGGGGGGAGGUGGUGAAGGCAUUCAUAGUCCUCACUCCAGCCUACUCAUCCCAUGACCCAGAGGCACUGACCCGGGAACUCCAGGAGCAUGUAAAGAAGGUGACUGCUCCAUACAAGUACCCUAGGAAGGUGGCUUUUGUUUCAGAACUGCCGAAGACGGUUUCUGGAAAGAUCCAAAGGAGUAAACUGAGAAACCAAGAGUGGGGAAGAUGAUGUGCAACCCCAGGUCCUUAGCCCUCUGGAUGUUCCAGGAAGUGGUGGAAUCACUGGUCAGCCCCUGCUCAGAACAGUGACCCCUCAAUCCCAUAGCCGUCAAGAUGCUCAGCUUCUAAGUGGGCAUCUCCAGGAUCACUGCAGGAUCCUGGAGGAGAAAGGAAGAGAGCACCACUGACCCAGAGCACACAGCCACGGCCCAGUCUGGCAAAUGCUCAGUGGCUCAACUUGCCCUGCUGACUGGAGGCAUCCCCUGCAUCUACCCCUUGGUCUUACUAAGAGCCCCAGCUGCCUGGAGCAAUAACGGGUCAGCAUAGCCUUCAUUAUUUGUGUAUCAUCCCUCAUGUGGGAGCAUAAAGAUUUAACCUUUUGGAUGAAGCCAUUUGGUAACAGCAUCCAGGCCAUAAAAGUGGCCAUCCCCUUUAACUUAGAAAUUCCAACUCUGGAAGGCUGAGGCAGGAGGACUGCAAGUUCAAGCCUUGGCCCGCUUAAAGAUUUAGCGUGACCCUGUCUCA